AUGGCUUCCCCAAGUAAGGUUUGUAAUAUGGCUCCUCUGAAUAUAGUGUCAAAGUGUGAUAGCAACUUACAGGACUUCUCUUCAACUCAGACUGCCUCUUUGGAUGAACUCCUUGAGCGUUGUAACUUCGACUGGGCAGAGGAUGUUGAAGACGCCGUAACCGGAGAUUUGCCCAAUGUCACUGUACCAACCCCUGUUGAUUACUUGUCAAAGGUAAACCUCUACGACGAGAUAUAUCCAAUUCCUCGCCAUCUCACAUAUUCGAAGUACAAACCAUCGCUUCCAACUGUCUAUGAACAGAUCUCGCACCAGCUAUCUGGUUUGGUCAAUAGCACCCCAGACAUAACUUCCAGCCCUUCGACGAGAACGUCGAAACAGUCCUACAAUGAUACUACCGACCCCUCAACAUACGAGACGCCCCUCACUGAUAGCGAGCUAGGGCAGGAACUGUUCACAGCCAACAGCGAGUCCGAUGCCAAUUGGAUUGCGCAACAAUCUAUUGACAAUAUAUUUGAGGACCGUCAAGCCUGUAUGGAUGCCGAUCAAAGUAUUCAUCACUUCAAUUGGAUGGGGCUACGAGUUUACACCCACAGCUCGACCUCCCCGUCUGACUCUCUGGCUAUUAUCCUCGCAAAACCCAAAAACCCACAAGGGGGUGAUAUGUGGAGAGUCCAUUCAGUUCUGAACCGAGCCGGCUGUUACAUUGACCCGGUACUUGUGUUUCUGGAUGACAUUGACGAAAGUUUGUUCGAACUCCGGGGCUCCGAGCUCGUACGUGCAUCUACUGGCCGUGUCUUCAAAUUCUAUUCUCCACACGGGAGAUGGAUGGAGGAUUCAGCGGAUGGGAGCGAUGAAACUACGACGGAUCUUGGUAACAUCCAGACAUACGAAGCAGCAAGUUUGGCUGUUGGAAAUGGUUUCGUUGAAUCGAGUGCCAUUCGCUCAGUAUCAGAUUGGAUCCACUGCCAUGAUGAAGCCUCUGACACCUCAGGAGGUUUAUCUCAGCUUCCCCGAAAGAGUACCUGGGAGCGAAAACCUUCACCGCUGCGACAAUGCGAAUCGAUUUUGGACGAAGAAAGCCCAGAGGCAUCAAUCCCGCAGGGCGUCAAACGUGCGAAGAGACCACCUCGCAAGAUCACAACUUGUGUGGCCGGAGCACCCCGUGAGGAGUAUUUCUCCUUCCCGACUCCUACCUUUGGUCGCCCUGGCAUAAUCAAAAAGGCAUUUAUAAAGGCGCAGCAGGGUUUGAAAUCGGUUCUAAGAUCAAUUAAGCACACUCUACGUUAG